AUGGCUCACUCCGCCCCGUGUUAUUUGCCCAAGUUUGGUGCUACGCACCUGGGGCUUCAACGGCCUCUUUCUAUGAGGUUGAGAAUCGGUGCUUCACAAAGUGCUGGCUUGCUGGCUGCAUGGAACGAGGGCCACUUGAAUUCCUUGUUGCAAGCUGCAUGGGCCCUCCUCCUCCAUCGCUACACAGGCUCCGAGGACAUUUGCUUUGGCUACCACCAGAUCGGUGGUGAUGGGGUUCAGAACGCUCUACAACAGCCUCUGGACACCGCAGACCCGUCCAUCUUCAAGCUAUCAAUCAAUGAAGAUGAUACCCCCAAGACAUUUCUAGACCAUGUGAAGACACACAGCUAUUUCGACAGCGAUCUCGACAGAUCGAAACCCUUAAUUACAACAUCUAAUGCGGAUCUUCCGUUUAAUACAAUCUUAAUGAUACGAAUCUGCCAUGACUUCAAGGGAACCUCCUCUAUCCCUUCUCUUUUCCCAAUUGCGCUUCCGGAGAAGGUACGUAACAAACACCGCACCUCCAAGUCUCCCUGUAAAAAUGGGCCUUCUAAUAGCUGUCUACAGUGUCGCAUUCGAAUGCAAGCCAAGGUUUUGCAGGAGGAAGUGGGCAUCUUCUUUGAAUGGUGGAACAACGAUAUGCCCACCGAGCAAGUGAAAAGCAUUGCCGGCGUGUUCGAGCGUAUCACCGCAGAGCUUCUCUCUGCCCAAGAUGUAUCUCUGGGCAGUCUCGACAUUUUCCCAGAGAACGAUUGGUCCCGUGUGUGCAAAUUCAACUCCGUGUUCCCCAAGAAACACGAACGCUGCAUACACGACGCAAUCUACGAGCAGACUCUUCUCCAGCCGGAUCACGAGGCCGUCUGUGCUUGGGACGGAAGUCUAUCAUAUCAGCAACUGGAUGACUUAUCCUCGAAAGUUGCCUACUAUCUUCAGAAGAGAGGCGUUGGGCCGGAGGUUUGCGUCGCUCUAUGUUUUGAGAAAUCAAAAUGGAACAUCGUGGCGAUGGUUGCCGUUCUGAAAGCCGGCGGCGCAUUCGUGCCUAUGGACCCAACUCACCCUACAGCACGUCUGCAGUCCCUCGUGCGGGGCGUGCAGGCUCAAAUUAUGCUCUGUUCUCGAAAUUAUGCAGAGAAGCUGCAGACGGUUGCAGAGACGCUCCUACCACUCGAUGAUGAAUUUGUUGACACCCUCCCAAGUCCCACCACGACAGUCUCAUCAACUGUAAAGAGCUCCAAUGCCGCAUAUGUAAUCUUUACUUCUGGCUCUACCGGCGAGCCGAAGGGUACCUUGCUUGAGCAUGGAGCUUAUUUCUCGAGUGUCAUGGCCCAUGGUCCAGCCUUCAGCAUUGACUCAACAACGCGCAUUCUGCAGUUUGCAGCGCACACCUUCGAUGCCAGCUUGGUCGAUAUUCUGACUGGGCUGAUGCUUGGUGCCUGCGUCUGUAUUCCCAGUGAGGAAGCGCGUUUGACGGACAUUGCUGGCGUCAUCAAUGAUAUGAGGAUCGAUUUUGCGUGCUUGACCCCAUCAUUCAUCGGAUUCCUUGAGCCUUCCGCCGUACCGGGGCUCAAGACCCUCGUCCUGGCCGGAGAGGCGAUGUCGCCGUCACAUUUGGCGACAUGGUCUCAUCUUACGUUGGUGAACGGAUACGGCCCAACGGAGAGUUCCGUUACGGCCGCCCUUAAUACCAAGCUCUCUGCUACCUCCGACUGUAGGGAUAUUGGUCAGCAGAUUGGGGUGCGCUGGUGGGUCGUCAACCCUAAGAACCAUGACCAGCUGGCUCCCAUCGGUUGUCCUGGUGAGCUGGUCCUGGAAGGGCCAACUCUUGCGCGAUGCUAUGUCAAUAACCCGCAGAAAACGAAUGAUGCGUUUAUCUACGAUCCCGCCUGGACUAAGCGGGAUGCUACCGGUGGCUCCGGCCGACGCUUCUACAAGACCGGUGAUCUGGUAAGGUAUAGUUCCGUAACUGGUUCAUUAACGUAUAUAGGACGAAAAGACACACAGGUCAAGUUCCACGGUCAGAGAAUCGAAUUGGGAGAAAUUGAGAAUCAGCUUAGUACCGACGUGGACGUCAAGCAUUGUGUAGCGUUGCUUCCCAAGUCCGGAUUCUCUCAAGGAAAGCUUGUUGCAGUUCUGUCAUUAUCUGCCGGCCUCAAGGAUGGGCCAGAUUCCGAUGCAGUGCCCCUGAAGCUUCUUGAGAACCGGGUCAAGGCUCAAUAUGUGAAGGACAUUCGGGAACGACUUUCCGCUCGGCUGCCAACAUACAUGGUCCCCUCCGUCUGGCUCUGCGUCGAAACGAUGCCAAUGCUUGUAUCUGGCAAGUUGGACAGAAAACUCACCUCAACGUGGGUCUCAGGCAUGGCACAGGACCCCGACAUGCCCGCCACUGGACCAACCGAGUUCCGUUCUAUCAAUGCGACGGAGGAUCAACUGGCUUCCAUCUGGAGCCGUGUCCUGAACAUUUCCAAGGACCGCAUCAGCUUGAAAGAAAGCUUUUUGAGUCUGGGUGGUGACUCCAUUGCGGCCAUCACUUGCGUCGGCCAGUGCAAGAAGCAGGGAAUUGGUCUCACCGUGCAGGAAAUUCUUCGCAGUAAAUCAAUCAGAGAUCUGGCCACGCGCGUCAAAGAAGUUCAGCAGCCGGCAGCCUACCAUGAAAAAAUCGAGGAGCCUUUCGACCUGUCACCAAUUCAGAAACUCCAUUUCAUGGUCCGCGAAGAAGGCCAGGGCUAUUUCAACCAGAGUGUUCUCACCCGCAUUGACCGAAGGAUCAAUGACGGGGAAUUGCGCCGCGCUGUGGAUGCAGUGGUUAUGCGCCACUCCAUGCUUCGAAGUAGGCUAGUUGGCCCUGGUACGGGAAGUCCCUUGCAGCAGCGUAUCACCGAAGACGCGGCUGGCUCGUACCGCUGGCGCAUGCACACUACCGCCUCCCAAGCCACGGUCGAGAAGGCUGUUGCAGAGAGCCAAUUGUGCAUCAACGCUUUUGUGGGCCCUAUGUUUUCAGUUGACUUCUUCUAUGCCAACAACAACACACACAAUUUCCUGUCCUUGGUUGGACAUCAUCUUGUCGUUGACAUUGUCUCGUGGCGUAUUAUUCUUGAAGAUCUUGAGGACUAUCUGAAUGACCCUCAAGCCUUCGCGCUGCAGAACAGCUCCCUUCCCUUCCAGACAUGGUGUCACCUGCAGGAUGAGCAGUGUCGCUCGUUGCUUUCCGAGAAUGAGCUGCAAGUGGAGGAUCUUCCCGCGCCAGACCUUGCAUACUGGGGAAUGGAGGCUCGUCCUAUGACAUACGGCGACGUGGUCUGCGAAACCUUCGACGUCGAUGCGGACAGCACUCAAUCAAUCUUGCUGGAAUGUCAUGAGAGCCUUCGAACUGAACCGGUCGAGGUGUUUCUGGCUGCCCUUCUCCAUACCUUUGGUCAGACAUUCUCGGAUCGUGCCUUGCCCGUGAUCUACAACGAAGGCCAUGGCCGAGAAGUAUGGGAUUCAAGCAUCGAUAUCUCACGAACUGUUGGUUGGUUUACUACUCUCUAUCCGAUUUUUGUGUCAGACAUUGUCUCCAACGAUCCAGCUAGAACCGUGGCUCGUGUCAAGGAUCUGCGUCGCCAGGUCUCCGAUAAUGGUCGCCAGAAGUUCGCGAGCCGAAUGUUUACGGGCCAAGGGCAGGAACAUUGCCGUCAUCAUUGCCCCCUGGAAAUGACAUUCAACUACGUCGGCCAGCACCGCGAUUUGCAGAAGCAGGAUGGUCUCUUCCAGCUUACGGGACACAUGGCUGGAGAAACCGGGCGAGGCGGCGGAGCCGCCGAUUUUGGCGAAGAGACUCCUCGAUUUGCGCUGCUUGAGAUCUCGGCAUUGGUUGUGCAGGGUCGACUUCGGUUUACCUUCUCUUUCAACCGAUUCAUGCAUCGCCAGGAGGGCAUUCGCGACUGGAUCUCGCGUUGUCAACAACUUCUCAGCUCGCUUGGCCAGCAGCUGCAGUCCUCCGCACCGAAGCCCACGUUGAGCGAUUUCCCGAUGCUCUCUCUCACGUACGAUGAGCUCGAUAAGAUGGUUUUGGAGAAAUUGCCCCGCAUGGAUAUCAGCUCUCUCGACCUCGUCGAAGAUAUCUAUCCCUGCUCGCGUAUGCAGCAGGGUAUCCUGAUUAGCCAGUCCCGGGACACCUCAUUCUAUGCUGUGCAUGAUACCUUUGAAGUGAGGGGGUUUAGAACCAAACCCGACAUUGGCCUGCUGCGACUCGCGUGGCAGAAGGUUGUUUCGCAUCAUUCGAUACUUCGAACUGUUUUUGUGCAGAACCUCACAAGCCGGGAUUUAUUCUCCCAGGUCGUUCUGAAGGAAUUUGAGUCAUUUCCAAACUUAUUGACAUGCUCGGGGGACAGCGAUGUUCUCCCAACUUUUGAGAGCCAGCAGCCCAUGGACUAUCGUCAACAUUGCCCUGCUCAUCGUCUCACUCUUUGCCAGACUGCAAGCGGCAAGCUGUUCUGCAGACUCGAGAUUAGCCAUGCUGCCAUGGAUGGUAUGUCGAUCUCGCUCAUCGUGCGUGAUCUGCAAUUAGCCUAUAGUGGCAAGCUCCAAGAAGACCGCAAGCCAGUGUUCCAGAACUACAUGAAGUACCUGCAGACCUGCUCCCACAAUGGUGGCCUCGAGUACUGGUGCGAUUACCUGGCCGACAUCAAGCCGUGCCACUUCCCUGUCCUCAAUGACGGCAAAUUAUCCACCAAGCAGCUCCAUACCAUCCGUCUGAAUUUUGCUUCUUUGAGAGAGCUCCAGACUCUUUGCGAGAGCGGUGGAGUCACGCUUUCUACGGCGUUUAGCACCGCUUGGGGACUAACUCUCCGUUCGUUCUGUAGCUCCGACGACGUGUGCUUCAGCUACAUGGCUUCUCUGAGAGACGUCGCGGUUGAAGAAAUUGACGCGAUGAUUGGACCCAUUAUCAAUCUUCUCGCUUGUCGGAUGAAGAUCACUGAGACGGCCUCUCUUAGAGAUGUACUGGACCAGGUCCAAAACGACUAUAUGGAGUCUCUUCCGUACAGACACACAUCGCUCAUCGAUAUUCAGCAUGCUCUCAAGCUCUCGGACACGAUUCUUUUCAAUUCCGGCGUGUCGUACCGGAAGCUGCCAUCCCAGAGCUUGAUCAACACGGACGAUAUUCGACUUGUGGAGGUGGGAUCCAUUCACGAUCCUGCCGAGUUCCCAGUGUACGUCAAUAUCGAGACUACGGACGAUGAUGCGCAGAUUGACCUCCACUACUGGACGGAUGCUCUUUCUGAUGGUCAGGCUCAGAAUGUUGCUAGUACUUUCUUGAAGUCCUUGGAAAACAUUAUUCACUGCCAGGACGAAGAAGUGCGCCGCCUGGAUGCGUUGAGCGAACAGAACAAGCAGCAGAUCGCAAUCUGGAACAAGCAUAUCCCCAAGACCGUCGACAGAUGCGUCCAUGAGAUUCUGGAGGAGACGGCGAGCUCGUACCCAGAAGCAACUGCACUUUCAGCUUUGGAUGGAAGUCUCACAUACUCCAAGCUCAAUGAAUUGUCCGCCCUGCUGGCAUUCUACCUCACCAAGCUCGGAGUGGGGCCAGGCGUCCUGGUACCGAUGGAGUUUGAGAGAUCUUCGUGGCAAAUUAUUGCCAUGUUGGCAGUCUUGAGACUUGGUGGUAUCUGCCUCCCUCUGACCGGGAUCCAGUCGGACGAGAUUAUCGAGAAGUUGCUGGUCGACCAUGAUGUUCAAGUUGCUCUUGCGUCUCCGCAUAAAGCACAGAUUCUCGAGGGUACCAUCUCCUACGUGGUUCCCGUGAGCAAGUCCUUGUUUGACUAUCUCCCUCGCUCUGGUGAGACGCUCACCUCCUCAGUCAAGCCGACGGAUGGCGCCUACGUUGUCUUCACGACAGGCAGCGUUCAGGGCUCGAAGCCCGUAGUGCUUGAUCACCAAACCAUUCUGACGCGGGCAGAAGCUUUUGCUUCAGCUCUGGGACUGAAUGAAACGACCAAGAUGCUCCAGUUCGCUCCUUGUACCUCCGAUAUGUUCCUUCAGGAAGUCCUCAGCAGCUUGAUGUGUGGCGGCCGUGUCUGCAUCCCGGCUGAUCACAGUGCCAGAAACUUGUCAACUUCGAUCAACACCUCGCACGCAAACACUGUCAGUAUCACCCCGUCGCUGGCUUCAUUGAUCAGGCCUUCCGAUGUCCCCGAAGUGCAAGUUCUCGCACUCCAUGGCGAACGUAUGACAACCCAAGCCAAGGAUCUUUGGUCGCCAAAGGUCCGUCUGCAUUUGUGGUAUGGAGCAGCCGAGUGCUCAUCUACCUCCAUCCAUACAUCCGACAGCCCCGAUGAAACAAGAAAUCUUGGACGGUCCGCAGGGUGCACUUCUUGGCUUGUUGAUCCCGCAGACCACAACCUUCUGGUCCCCAUCGGCUGCGUUGGUGAGCUGGUUCUGGAAGGCCCCGUCCUUGCUUCUGGCUACUUGCUCGAGGGAGAACACUCUAGCGAGAACUUCAUCGAAGAGCCUGUGUGGAGUCUGGACAGCGAGCACGACGGAACCAUUGCUGAGACAGGAGCGGAAAUUGAACACGCUCCACCAAUCCGGAGGAUGUUCAAGACCGGAGAUCUGGCUCGCUAUGAGUCGGAUGGGUCAUUGGUCUACAUGGGCAGAAAGGGCACGGGAGCUCGGAUUGAUAACUGGCAGGUUCAAAAGCAUCUCGAUUCGUUCUUGUUGCCGGAGUACCCCUCCGUCUUGGAGUUGAUUCGCUCAGACGACGAGGCAGAAGCAGAGCUUCUGGCUGUUUACAUCCAGUUCAAGACAGCUUCCUCGACAAAUGUUGACGGCCAAGAAUCUUCAAUUGGGCAAUCCUCUCCGGAAUUCCAUCAGCUGAUUGCCAAACUGCAUACUCAUCUGCUGAGUGUCCUGUCCGCAGCCCAGGUCCCGAACUUGUACAUUCCUGUCCCCAGCAUGCCCUUGACAUCCUUCGGCAAGCUCGAUCGUCAGCUUCUGAGAAGAGAGACUGAGAACCUUCCCAACAGCAUCCGCGCCGAGUUCGAUCUCAAAAGCUUCCAUGAGUUCUGGAGAGCUGAGCUUGCCAAGCCACAGGCGACGGCCCAACUGUUCCCGCCGGCGAUGAGCACCUCUCAAGGAGUAUCUGCUACUGCCUCGCUGAGGAAGGAUGCGCAGAUUUCUGGGAAGCUCAAUGGAGUGGACUUGGAAUCCGCAAUUCUUACCGCGUGGGCCCUGACCAUCUCUGGGUACACUCAGUCCGAUGAUGUCGUCUUCGGGGAGCUGCUUCUUGAACCUGAGCUCUCGACUCUUGACUCUGCCGAAAAGACGCCUGCUACCAUUGUGCCUAGACGCUUUCAGCUUGACGCUACCUCAACCAUUGCAGAACUCUUGGGAAGAACGCAGGAGAAGCGAGUAGCAGCCUUGCCCUACCAGAAGGCUGGACUCCAGGGGAUCAAGAAUGUCAGCGCAGAUACCUCCCGAGCGUGCGGGUUCAACAAUCUUCUUUCCUUCGCUGCCAUCCAGAAUGACAAAUCGAAUCCACUAGGACUUGAAUAUCCUUUGGCAAUCUUCUGCAGCAUUGGACAAUCCGAGCUCCAGCUGAAUGCUCAAUACAAUGAACAGGUGCUGUCUGCGCCCCAAGUGGAGAGGAUCCUGGCCCAGUUCACAAGCUAUAUUGAGUACUUGAACGCGGGGCACGGCCUGCAGGAGGUGAUUGGCGAGAUGGCUCUCCUUCAGAGCCAGGCUUCUUGUUUGUCCAGCCCUGAGACUGUCUACUGGAAGGAGUAUCUGGCUGAUGCUGAGCCUUGCCAUUUCCCCUCUUUGAGUGCCGCCAAGGGCGAAAAGAGGGUCGAGACGGCACAGUUGACCAUCACGGAUGUGGCCCGGCUAUUCGCAUUCUGUGAGAUGGUUGGAGUUACUGCAGAUGCCCUGCUACAGAUCGUCUGGGCAUUGGUCCUGCGGUGCUUCACGGGCUCGGAAGAAGUCUGCUUCGGUUACUACGCCGAAGCUUCGCAAACAGAAGACUCAAACUCCGCACAGGUGUUCCCUAGCAGAUUCCUCUUGAAGGACGCCUCUGAGCUCCGGGAAAUUGCCGAGGACAGGGAAAACGAUCUGGACCAGGCGAUUGUGCAUCCACUCUCAGAGGAUGAGGUGCAGCAUGAACUUGGCCUUGACGUGAACUCGCUCUUCAAUACCGUUUUUAAGUUUGACAAGGUCCAGGGGCUGGCCAACGCAGAUGACAGUCUAUUCUCAAAGCCCCAUAUUGUCGAGAAGAGCAAUUGGAUUCUCGGCAUUAAUGCUAAGCUUUCGGAUGCGCGUGCUGAGAUUGUUUUCGAAUACUCGACGAACGUUCUGUCCAAAGCCAACAUUGAGAGUCUUGUCGACUCCUUCAAGCACAUCCUUCUCGAUAUUGUCGAUCAUCAGCAAAUUGACCGUACGAUUGGUGCCAUCGACUUUUUCAGCGAACAUGCUUGCCAGCAGGUCCAAGCCUGGAAUGCAACAUUGCCAGAGAGACCCGACAUGUGUGCUCAUGAGAUUAUCGAGCAGCACGUCCUCAGCCGUCCUACCUCACCUGCAAUCUGUUCGUGGGAUGGGGACUUCACGUACGAAGAGCUCGAUUCCCUGUCCACCCGACUUGCACAGCACCUUGCAGGACUUGGCGUCAGACCUGAGGUUUUUGUUGCGCUGUGCUUCGAAAAGUCAGCCUGGGCCGUCAUUGCGCAAGUCGCUGUCAUGAAAGCUGGAGGAGCGUUUGCCUCUGUGGACCCCACUCAUCCAGAGGCUAGACUGCAGGGCCUGGUUGAAGACCUCGGUGCUUCGAUCGUCCUGUGCUCGGCCAAGUAUGUCGACAAGGCUUCCAAGAUCGCCCAGUCUGCCUUUGUCGUGAGUGAAGAGACCAUGACCCGACUCCUCGAGUCGCCUUCCAGGACGUGCGUGACAAGGCCAGACAUCCAUAACCCAGCCUAUGCAAUCUUUACCUCUGGAACGACAGGCAAGCCAAAGGUGACCGUGAUUGAGCAUAUCUGUCUCAGCGUGUCGUCACCAGCAUUUACACGUACGCUGGGCAUGACUCUGGACACCCGCGCUCUGCAAUUCUCGAGCUACACCUUCGAUGUCAGCAUCAUGGAGAUAAUCCUGGUUCUCAUGACCGGCGGCUGUGUAUGUGUUCCCAGCGAAGAAGAACGCAUGAACGAUCUGGCCGGUGCAAUCAAGCGCUUGAAUGCCAACUUCAUCAGCUGCACUCCGUCGAUGGCAAACACCCUUGACCCUGCUGACGUUCCCCAACUGAGAACUAUCGUCACUGGAGGUGAAAAGAUGACGCCAAGCCAUCUCGAACGCUGGUCUGACAGAUGCGUAAUCAACGCAUACGGCCCUUCGGAGUCCACAGUCAUGGCUACAAUGAGCAUGAAGGUGGAUUCAGCAGGUGUACGCCUCGACGACGACUGCAACUCCAUUGGUACCGCGGUUUGCGGCCGCACUUGGGUCGUUGAUCCUCAGAAUUAUCAUCGCCUCCUUCCCAUUGGUGCCGUGGGUGAAUUGGUGCUCGAAGGCUCUAACGUUGGCCGCGGCUACCUCAACAAUGAACAGAAAACCAAGGAAGUCUUCAUCAGCGAGCCUGCCUGGGCUAAGUCUCCGGGGCUUCGAGAGCUCUUCCAGCAGAAGGAGCGCAUGUAUCGUACGGGAGAUCUGGUUCGCUACAAACCCGAUGGUUCGAUUUGCUUCAUCUCGCGCAAAGACACCCAGAUCAAGUUCAACGGCCAGCGAAUCGAGCUGGAAGAGAUUGAACAGCAGUGUAUUGCUUGUCUUCCAGAAGGUGCCCGUGUGGCAGUCGAUGUUGUCGACCCGGAGACAAAGGCAGUAGCCAAAUCUCUUUCCGCAUUCUACAGCGUUGGUGAUAUUGGAAAUCGCAGCACAGUCGACGACACCGAGAUGCUUGUGCCCAUGUCUGAAUCCACAAGGGAAUUCGCCAAGAAGUUCCAGGAGGCCCUUACCAAGGUCUUGCCUCCGAGCAUGAUGCCGAAGCUCUUCUUCCCCAUCCGUCGCCUGCCUUACUCGACCUCUGGAAAGCUUGAUCGUAAGAAGCUCCGUGCUGCGGUUGAGACUCUGCCAAAGGAGCAGCUGAAACCUUAUGUCAGCUUGUCCGCUGGCUCUAGACAGGUCUCGGAUGAAGGAAUCGAAGGUAUUCUUAGAGGUUUGUGGGAGGAGGCUCUGGGCCUUGCGUCCGGUUCAGUCAGCGCUGAAGACAGCUUCUUCAGCCUGGGUGGUGACUCCUUCUCCGCCAUGAAACUUGUUGGAGCAGCCAACUCUCGCGGCAUCUCUCUCACGUUUGCUGGUAUCUACGAAGAUCCUAUCUUCAUGGACAUGGCAAAGAGAUGUGAUACAUUGCGCGAGAAGCCCAACAAGGAGACUGUGCCGCCUUUCAGCCUGUUGCCUGCUUCAACUGACCGCCACCAGUUGCUGGAGGAGGUGGCGGAGCAAUGCUGCGUGCCUCGGGAAACCAUCACGGAUGUCUAUCCCUGCAGCCCCGUGCAGGAGGGUCUUCUCACAUUGUCCGUGAAGCAAAAUGGCGCGUAUGUCGCCCAGCCCGUCUUCCGCCUGUCUGAAAGGGUGGACCUCGACAAGUUCAAGGCUGCCUGGCAACGUGUUGUGGAUGAGAUGGAUAUCUUGCGGACUCGCGUCGUACAUACCGAGUCUCUCAACUUCCUCCAGGCCGUGCUCGACAAGGAGGAGAUUGCUUGGACCACUGCGGCGAGUCUGGAUGAACUCAUGGCUGAUAGCCCUGACUUGCCAAAGCACAAUGGUGGAGCUUUGACCGAUUAUGCGAUUGCUGGAUCCCAGACUUCCCCUGCCAGGUACUUUGUGUGGACAAUCCAUCAUGCGCUCUAUGAUGGAUGGAGUAUUCCUCUCGUCCUGAAGCGCCUCGAGGAAGUCUACAGUAAUUCCUCAGCUGGCAGCAAGACACUCCCCUAUGGGCUGUUCAUCGAAUACCUGCUGGAGCGCAACAUGUCCGACUCGGAUGAGUACUGGAAAUCUCAACUGGCAAACCUUUCCUGCACCCCAUUCCCGCAAAGCAAGAACUCGCUCCCCGACGCUGUCCGAGUUGGAAACAGACACCAGAGCAGCAUGAAGAUCUCUCGAGCUCCCGGUGGAGUUGAUCUGACUGUGCCCGAGCUUAUUCGUGCUGCGUGGGCAGUCGUUGUGGCUGCUCACACUGGUUCCAGCGACGUCUGCUUUGGCGAGACGCUCAUGGGCCGAAACAUCGAUCUUCCCGGUGUCACUGAUAUUGCAGGACCAGUUCUCACUACCAUUCCUACGCGCAUUCAAGUUGAGAAUGAGCUUCCCAUCACCCAGUAUCUGGAAAGCGUGCAUCAUUUGACAACCACAAUGCUUCCGCACCAGCAUUCUGGGCUUCAGCGGAUUCGAAAGCUCAACAGCGACACGGCUUCCGCCUGCGAGUUCCAGAAUCUGCUUGUCAUUCAGACUGGAGAAGGUCAACUGAACGAGAAUCUGUGGAUGGCCGAGCCCAACCAAACAAGUGGAGACUUCUUCACUCACCCACUUGUCGUUGAAUGCAAGGUCGGCGACUCUGAGGUCACAGUGACCAUGCACCACGAUGAGAUGGUUCUUAACAGCUGGCAAACCGAGAAGCUCAUCGGCCAAUUUAGCUUCGUGCUCGAGCAGCUCCUUUCCAUUGGGAAAGCGGAAACGAGAAAGCUGAACGAAUUGGAGAUCUUCAGCCCCGUGGACAGAAAUGAGGUCGCCAAGUGGAACCAGAGGCAUCCAGAAGCUGUUGAGCAAUGUGCACACGACAUCAUUUUCGAGAGAUGCUCCGCGCAUCCCGAUUCUCCAGCGAUUUGUGCCUGGGAUGGAGAGGUGUCGUACAGGGAAAUGUACGACCUUGCAUCCUCGUUCGCAACUUACCUGGUCUCCCGUGGCAUCGGACCCGAGACUCUAGUGCCGAUCUGCCUGGACAAGUCUCUUUGGGCCGUCAUCACCAUCCUCAGUAUUUUCAUCGCUGGUGGAGCUUACGUUCCACUUGACCCCGCUCAUCCCACAUCGAGACACGAGGAGAUCCUAGCUGAAGUCGACGCUCGUGUCGUUCUUUGCUCUCCUCAGUAUCAUAACCGGUAUUCUGGCAUCGUCAAGACCAUCAUUCCCGUCAGUAAGGAGACAGUCAAAGCCUACAGCGCUCUCAGCGGAAAUGCCAAGCGGUCGAAUCAUGUCACGCCAUCUAACAUGGCCUAUGCUAUCUUCACGUCUGGAAGCACAGGUCGUGCCAAGGGUAUCAUUAUCGACCAUCGUGCUCUUGCAAGCAGUGUCAUGGCAUUUGGACCUCUUGUCGGUCUGACUGAGACCUCGCGAGCAUUCCAAUUUGCAUCUCUUACAUUCGAUGCUGCUGUCAUGGAAGUUCUCGCCACCCUGAUGCACGGCGGUUGUAUCUGUAUCCCAAGUGAGGAUGAGCGACUGAACGACGUGGCUGGAGCGAUUCGGCGCAUGAACGUCACCUGGACUUUCUUGACCCCCUCAAUUGCAAGUAUCAUUGAACCAUCAUCGGUGCCAUCCCUUGAGGUUCUGGUCUGCGGUGGUGAGAAGCUAUCGCGCGAGGUUGUGACGAAAUGGGCACACCGCGUCAGGCUGAUCAACGGAUAUGGGCCGACAGAGACAACCAUCUUCGCUGUUUUGAACACCGAAGUGUCUUCGAACCGAGAUGCUUCUUGCAUCGGGUUUGGAAUUCCUUGCACUCUUACCUGGAUCGUUGAUCCCGACAACCAUGACCGCCUUGCCCCCCUGGGUGCCAUUGGAGAGCUAGCAUUGGAAGGUCCGGCUCUGGCAAGGGAGUACCUCAAGAACCCUCAGAAGACGGCCGAGGCGUUCGUCGAUGAGCCAGCAUGGAUCAAGAAUUUCCAGUCCUCCCUGCCCUCUCCGCGCAGAAUCUACAAGACUGGCGAUCUUGUUCGGUACAACCCUGACGGAUCUGUUGAGUACAUCAGCCGCAAGGACCAUCAGGUCAAACUUCACGGCCAGCGUAUGGAGCUCGGCGAGAUUGAGCAUCGACUAUACGAGGAUGACCACGUUCGCCAUGCCGUUGUGAUACUGCCAAAGGCUGGUCCCCUUCAACAACGUCUGGUCACAGUUCUGUCUCUGAACUCCUUGAACUCGAACGCGAGCAUCAUCACCGACAACACAUGUGAACUGAUCAGCCCAGAGGAUCUAGCAAAGACCGCGUACUCGGAGCUCAUUGCCAUCCAGAAGAAUCUUGAGGCUCAGCUGCCCAUCUACAUGGUCCCGCAGACGUGGGCUCUGAUCAAGAAACUGCCAAUGCUCGUUUCCGGUAAGCUUGACAGGAAGAAGAUCACAUACUGGGUCGAGCAUAUCGACGACGCAACCUACGAGAGGAUCAUGCAGGAUUAUGACAAUAUAAAGAGAGGCAACGUUGAAGAGAGUGUCAAGGAUGACAAGGAGACCUCCGUGUCGAUCCUUCGGGAUAUCUACGCGCAGGUGCUCAACAUUUCUGCUAACAAGGUUGAUCCGAACAGGUCCUUUGUGAGCUUGGGUGGUGAUAGCAUUACUGGAAUGGCUGUCAUUUCUCGGGCCCGCAAGCAGGGCAUCAACCUGACGCUUCACAAGAUCCUGCAGAGUAAGUCAAUCGGCGAGCUUACUCGCGGCAUUGAAACCAAGACGUCAGCCGUUCAGCUCGAAGAGAAGUCUGGAGAAAACUUCCCCCUCUCCCCUAUCCAGGGUCUCUACUUCCAGGCCGCACGUACGUUCAAGGAAACGGGACGCUUCAACCAGAGCAUGACAGUGCGCAUCACUCGCAAGGUGGAGCCGAAGAUAAUUAGGAAUGCGCUCAAGGCAAUCCUCACCCAGCAUUCGAUGUUCAGGGCCAAGUUUAGCAGAUCGGCGAGUGGAAAAUGGCAACAGAGAAUCACUAGCAAUAUCGAUGCAUCUUACCGAUUCGGUGUUCAUUCAGUGAGCAACCCUCGAGAGAUGCUGACCAAGAUUGGUGAGACGCAGUCGAGUUUGGAUAUUCAAAAUGGCCCAAUCUUCGCCGCGGAUCUGUUCGAAGUUGCUACAGGCGAACAAGUUCUGUUCCUUGUGGCCAACCAUCUUUGCGUCGAUAUGGUUUCAUGGCGCAUUGUCCUACAAGACAUGCAAGAGUUCAUCGAGUCUGGCUCCUUGCCUUCUGAGAAACCCUUAUCGUUCCAAGCCUGGUGCGAUCUGCAGUUCCAGAAGAGCAAGUCAGAAGCUGACGUUGUCCAACCUCCGUUUGCCAUUGAGCCUUCCAAUAUUGGCUACUGGGGCAUGGACAGCCUGCCUAAUCUAUAUGGCCAGAUCAAGAUGGAGUCAUUUGUACUGGAUGAAAAGACAACUUCUUUUAUUCUGGGUGGCUGCCACGAGACCCUGCGGACGGAGACAAUCGACAUUCUCCUCGCAGCAGUUGUGCAGUCCUUCCGCCGUGUGUUUACAGACCGUAAUAUGCCAACCAUCUAUAACGAGGGUCAUGGCCGUGAAUCAUGGGAUUCAAGCAUUGAUCUCUCGCGAACAGUGGGCUGGUUCACCACAAUGUGCCCACUCCAGGUCGAUGAGUGCUCAGACUUCAUCGAAACGGCAAAACGCAUGAAGGACGUGAGACGAAAGAUGGUCGACAAUGGCCGGUCUUUCUUUGCCCACAGCCUCCUGCACUCAAGCAAAGCCAACUCUACAAACUUCCCUGCCCCGCUAGAAAUUGUCUUCAACUAUCUCGGCCGUCUGCAGCAGCUAGAGCGCGAUGACUCCCUCUUCCAGCACUAUGGUCAAGCUUUCGAUGAGGAGACCUUCAAUAUCGCCGGAGACAUGGGCCCAGAUACUCCCCGGUUUGCUCUUCUAGAAAUCUCGGCUCUCAUCAUCAAGGAUAAGCUCCAAGUGUCAUUCACGUACAACCGACAGAUGCAGCGCGAGAAGCAGAUCCGCAGCUGGAUUUCGGAGUGCAGAAAUGUGCUCGAAAGAGAUGUGCUCAGAUUCAAGGACGCGGUGCCAGAGCCUACUCUUAGCGACUUCCCCUUGCUCCCUAUCACCUACGAUGGCCUCAGAAGGUUCAUGGGCAGCACGCUUCCCAGAGCAGGGAUCGACAGCUGGUAUACGGUGGAGGAUAUCUACCCAUGCUCUUCGGUGCAGGAGGGUAUCCUCCUGAGCCAGCUGCGGGAUCCCAACGCCUACAUGUUCCAUGUGGUCUUCGAAGUGUGUCAUCCAAACAAAGGCAGACAGGUCAAUCCAGCCAGCCUUAAGAGCGCUUGGUCCGCUGUCAUCAGCCGGCAUCCCAUCCUGAGAACUCGGUUCAUUGACAGCAACCACGCAGGUGGCUCGUUUGACCAGCUGGUGCUCCGAAAGGUCGAUGAUGAAGCAAUCAUGGUUGAGAGCAACGAUUCUAAUGCUCUUGGUCGACUUGAUGCGAUCAAACUCAGUGACGUCAACGCCGGACAAAGGUCCAAAUCUCUCCAUCAGUUGACUAUCUGCCAGACUCAAUCUGGACGGGUUCUUGUGAAGAUUGAGAUGAAUCAUGCCAUCAUCGACGGUGGAUCGGUUGACCUGAUCCUACGUGAUCUAGCAAUGGCUUACAAUGAUCAACUCCCUGAGGGGUCUGGACCACUCUUCAGUGACUACAUCAAGUUCAUCCGUGGUAAAUCUCAAGACCAGGCUCUGUAUCACUGGAGACAAUACCUGUCCAAUGCCCGCCCCUGCCACUUGACCUUCCCCGCGGGAGCAGCUGGUGAGCGUCAAUUGGGCUCGGUGAUGGUGCAGUUCAACCGCUAUGCCGAGCUUCAACAAUUCUGCGAGAAGAAUUCCGUCACUCUUGCGAACCUCACCCUCUCCGCAUGGGCAAUUGUUCUGCAGGCAAUCACGGGCUCGGACGACGUUUGCUUCGGCUACCCAUCAGCCGGCCGUGAUGCGCCGGUUCCUGGUAUUCAGGACGCAGUCGGAAUCUUCCUGAACAUGCUCUGCUGCCGUGUUAGAUUCUCGCGCGGGCAGACUCUCCUGGAUCUUUCGAAGACGGUCCAGAGCGACUACAUCAAAAAACUCCCUUAUCAAGAUUGCUCCCUGGCGAGCAUCCAACACGAGCUCGCUCAGAAGGAGCGCAUGCUUUUCAACACCACCAUUUCCAUCCAAAAUCACCAUGCCGCUUCCAAGGACUCUGGAAGCGAUAUGCUGUCAUACAAUGUGCAGAAGGCGCAUGACCCUACCGAAUAUCCUGUCACCGUGAACGUGGAAACCGCCAAGGGCCACGAGGGUAUCUUGCUGCGGUACUGGACCGACGCCGUUCCGGAGAAUAAGGCACAGGAUCUGGCAGACGCCAUUGCUAGUAUCUUCACGUCCUUUGUCGACAGGCCUUCCCAGUUGGUCUCGGAUCUAGAGCUGCUGGGACGAUCAACCACAGGCCAAUUCUCUGGGGCGGGACAAUACAUUGACAACAAAACGCUUCAAGAACUAAUUGAUCGCCGUGUUACUGAAAUCAUUACUCAGAUGCUCAGAGACGGCUCGCUGACCAUCCCUACACCUCAACCCGAAAAGAGCCACAUCCAGGAGACCGUCCCCUAUUCACCCCUCGAAGUUCCAAUCCAAGCAAGGCGCAUGCCUCGCGAGAGAGAUAUGUCCGACUCCACAGCCACCCUUACUGAAGACCACACAAGAGUGUCGGAUCUCGAGAAGAGACUGUGGAAGCUCUGGUGCUCGGCAUUACAUCUGUCGUCCGAGACGAUUAAGCACCGUGAGAGCUUCUUCAAGUUGGGUGGCGAUAGUAUAACGGCAAUGAAGAUGGUCAGCGCUGCACGAGAAGACGGCCUGACCUUGACGGUCGCCGACGUGUUCAGCAACCCUGUGUUCGAAGAUAUGCUGGCCAUAAUCAGUGCUGCGAACAGUUCUCCUGCCUCGGAGCCUGAAUCCCAUACUGACAGCGAAAUCGAAAAGCCUGCAGAGUCCGUGCCUAUCCAGCAAGAGCAGACUCCGCCGCCACCAGAAUUCUCAUUCUUGAAGGCGGUUGAUCUGAAUGACAACGCCUUGCAGAGCGGAAUUUGCCCAAAGAUUGGCGUGUUUAAGGGAGGCAUUGCUGAUGUUCUUCCUGUGACGGACUUCCAGGCCAUGUCAAUCACGGCUACCUUGUUCAGAUCAAGAUGGAUGGUGAAUUAUUUCUUCCUCGAUGGGCAAGGAACAGUGGAUUUGAAGAGGUUGAGAGAGAGUCUCUUGCGGGUUGUUGAUGCGUUCGAUAUCCUGCGCACGGUUUUCGUCUGCUUCAAUGGCCAAUUCUACCAAGUGGUUCUGAGAAAGAUCCGACCAAAUAUUUUUGUACAUGAGACGGAGAAGAGCUUGGACGAGUACACUGACUACCUACAGCAGCAAGAUCGGGAGCAAGAGGCACGGCAAGGAGAGCAAUAUGUGCAGUUCUAUGUCUUGAAGAAGAAGGAUAGCAACCACCACCGGAUCUUGAUCCGGAUGUCGCAUGCUCAAUUUGACGGGGUUUGUCUGCCUUCGAUAAUGUCCGCUAUCAAGCUGGGAUAUGAGGGCAGUCCGUUGCCCCCAGCACCCUCCUUCGCCAAUUACAUGCGGAUGUUGUCUGGUGCAAUCACCCCAGAUCACUAUCAACAUUGGACAAACCUCCUGAGGGGCUCAAGCAUGACCCAGGUCCUCCGGCGGAGCGAGACUAAUACCUUCCAACACAUUGGUGCCUUUACGGAGCAGAGGAAGAUGCUCGAGAUCCAACCUUCAGUUCUUGACAACAUCACGAUCGCAACUGUCAUGCAAGCAGCUUGGGCGGUGACACUGGCGAAGCUGUCUGCUCAGCCGGAUGUCGUCUUCGGGCUCACAAUCAGCGGCAGAAACACUUCCAUCCCUGGCAUCGAAAACACGGUUGGCCCAUGUCUCAACGUCAUUCCAGUUCGUGUCAAGUUCGGCGAGAAGUGGACUGGCCUCGACCUGUUCCGCUACCUGCAAGACCAACAGAUUGCCAACAUGCCAUUUGAAGCCCUCGGCUUCAGAGAGAUCAUUAGACGUUGCACCGACUGGCCCGAUUCCACCUACUUCACUACCUCUGUCUUCCACCAGAACGUUGAGUAUGAGGGUCAGAUGCAGCUCGAUAACACGACAUACCGAAUGGGCGGCGUCGGCGUCGUGGACAACUUCACCGACAUGACCUUGUUCUCCAAGUCCAUCAGCGACGGCAAGCUGGGCGUCUCCCUUGGCUAUUCGCUCAAGGGCCCCAUCCAACCCAAGUUCGCAACCAAGGUCCUGAACAUGGUCUGCGACACCGUGCAAAGCCUCGUGUCCAAUGCCCGCGUCGUGCUCCCAUCCCCCUCAAUGCUCUCCUCCCUACCCUGCCAGGCCGUCCCCGACGUGCCCAGAAUGUCCGAUGAGAUGUUCCUGUCCUCACACCUGAAGACCCGCAGCAUCUCUGAGAUCCUCGUCUACUCCGACGUCCUGACCAAGGCCUGGCAGCAGGUCCUGCCCUGCAAGAACGCCGAGACCCCACAGUCCGCCUUCCAGCUCGACUCCUCCUUCUUCGACCUCGGAGGCGACGUCUUCGACGUCGCACAGGUCGUCUGGCUCCUCGAGCAGGACGGCCUCCAGGUCCACCUCGAAGACCUCCUCGAGCACCCAACCUUCCUUGGCCAGAUGGCCGUCCUGACGCUGCAUAACUCCCCAAAGAACGACUCCAUGGAAGAGAUCGUUCCCGUUGACGGGCUCACCUUGCCCAUGGCCAAGACUGGCAAUUCAAGUUCCUUCGGGAAGGCCUUGACGCUGGCAAAGCGCAUGGCAAAAUGGAGCCCGCUGUCAGCUCGGGGGUGA